AUGGACGACGACUUUGAACUGCCACCCCUAGGACAGUAUUUCUUUAAAAGCUGGCAAAACAGAAACUUGUUCGUUGUUCUGAAAACGAUGUCACACUCACAACUAUUUCGUUUUGCGAGAAUCGCAAUGACUUUGGCGGGUAUCUGGAAACUAGAACUACCGGACGCGUUAAAAGGUUUUACUUGGCUCUAUCCCAUUUAUUCGAUAGCUAUUCAUGCAAUAUAUGCCUCUUUACCUCUGCUCUUGGCACUGAAUUUUCCAUACCUUUUGGAAAAUGAUCCAGGCGAAGCGAACGAGUCCCUAUCAAAAAUACUCUAUGGUGUUUUACUGAUUGCUAAAGUGUUAUCAUAUGAAUCCGAAAGUUCCAAGAGUCUGCUCGUGCGAGCUAUUAGAGAAGAGGACGCUUUGAACAAAUACGGAGACGAUUUUGAAAAAAGAAUUUACCAAGAACACGUCGUGUUUUGUAACCGGCUCAACAAAUUUAUUUUCGUUUCAGCCGCAGUGGCUGUUUUUCUGUUAUGGGAAGCUGGAAUAACAGAAAGUUAUAAUUCUCAUAGACUACGCCAGAAUGAGAGUCAGACUUUCGCGAAACCUCUGCCGCUAAGUUGCUGGUACCCUUUCGAUGAAAGCAAAGUCCAUAUCUGGAUUUUGAUAGAGCAACUGUUAACGAUAGCAUGGUGUGCAUUAUUAUUCGUUUCGGUUCAUAUGUUUAGUAACUCAAUGUUGAUUUAUAUGAGGGGACAAUUGAAAAUAUUGCAAUACAACUUUAGUAAUUUUUUCGAAAACAUCGUGCAAAAGGAUACAAAUGAUAGCUUUCCAGCAUUGCAGUUCCUGUGUGAAAAACAUCAAAACUUAAUUCGGUACAUUAAUACCGCAAAUUGUGCUUUCAAAGGCGUACUGUUCUUUGAAUAUGGCAUUUCUUCCAUAGUAUUAGCUACAUCAAUUAUUCAAAUAUCUGCGGGUGGCAACAUCACCUACAAAUUAACUCAUUUGUUUGGAGUAACCAGUCAACUAUUGCUAUUGGCUUGGUACGCGGACGAAAUUGUAUUUCAGAGUCUCGAGUUGGCACCAGCACUUUACGAAAGUAAAUGGUACGAAUGCAGAAAGGAAUCGAGAGUGCUGAUUAGCAUGAUGCUGAUGAGAUGUCAGAAGCCUUUGAGUAUCGAUAUAGGUUCAUUCGGAGCUAUGACAGUUCAGUCAGCAAUGACUUUUUCAGCGCAGUGUGAAUAUGAACUGCCACCUCUAGGACAGCAUUCCUUUAAAACGUCGCACAGAAAAGAGUCUGCUAUUCUCAGAACGAUGUCGCACUCAGAGCUGUUUCGCUUUGCUAGAAUCGCGAUGACUUUGGCAGGCAUCUGGAAACUAGAACUAGCUGACCCGUUCAAAGGUUUUACACGAAUCUAUCCAAUUUAUUCAAUAAUGAUUCACGUGAUAUAUGUCUCAUUUCCUCUGUUGUUGGUAGUGAAUCUACCAUACCUUCUUAAAAACGAUCCAAGCGAAGCGAACGAGUCAUUAUCAAAAAGUCUCUAUGGCAUCUUAUUGAUAGCGAAAUUGUUGUCGUAUCAAUCCGAAAGCUCGAAGUCUCUGCUCGUGCAGGCUAUUAGAGAAGAGACCACUUUGAAUCAAUACGGAGACGACUUUGUCAAAAUGAUUUACGAGAAACACAUGACGCGUUGUAACCGGCUCAACAAAUUUAUUUUCAUUUCCGCUGCAGUUGUUGUUCUUUUGUUAUGCGAAGUUGGAAUAGCUGAGAGUUACAAAUUUCAUAGACUUCGCAAAAAUGAAAACCAGACUUUAGCAAAACCUCUGCCGCUUAGUUGCUGGUAUCCUUUCGAUGAAAACAAAUACCACAUUUGGAUUCUCAUCGAGCAACUGCUGACAAUAUUUUGCGCUGGAUUAUCGUUCGUUUCGGUGCAUAUUUUCUGUAACUCCGUGUUGAUUUAUAUGAGAGGACGGUUACAAAUAUUACAAUACAACUUUAGCAGUUUUUUCACACAUUUAGUCCAAGGGGAUGCAAACGAAAGCCUCACAGCGUUGAAGCUUUUAUGUGAAAAUCAUCAAAAUUUGAUUGCGUACAUAAAUACGGUAAAUCGUGCUUUCAAAGGCGUGGUGUUCUUCGAAUAUGGCAUCUCUUCCGUAAUAUUAGCGACGUCGAUUCUGCAAGUUACUGCGGGCGGCAAUAUCACCUAUAAGUUAACCCGUUUGUUAGGAGUAACCAGUCAGCUAUUGCUAUUAGCUUGGUCGUCCGACGAAAUUGUAGUCCAGAGUCUCGAGUUGGCACCGGCACUUUACCAAAGUAAGUGGUACGAAUGCAGCAAGGAAUCUAGAGUCCUAAUUAAUAUAAUGCUGAUGAGAUGUCAGAAGCCUUUGACUAUAGAUAUAGGUUUGUUUGGACCUAUGACAGUUCAGUCGGCAAUGACUUAUAUACUAUUUAGCAAAAGCUCGACUUUCAAAAAACUCAUUCAUAAUCCGAGGCCUACAUAAAAUAGUGUCGUUAAUUCGUUGUCCGCCCUCAUUAAAGGCUGGUUCCUGAGGCACUAGGUCAAUAUUGUGUGACGUAGGAAAUACACACACACCAGUAGUUGAGAUAAAUUUGAAUCAAACAGUGGAUCAUAUUUUCAAACAAAUUUAUUGAAAAUACGAUAGUAUUGGAAUAAUAAAUAUAACAAUCAUUAUACAUGAAUAUCAUUAUAGCGACGAGCAGAUACUUUUGAUAGUUAUUCUAAGAUCAAUACAUCAACCACAUCAUGUUCCAAGUACUCGGAUGAAAAAAUUUGUAUUGGUCUGAGGUUAACUAUAACUGAACCUUGUUAGAAACACGAUAAUGACAUCAUUUCCAAUAAAUAAUAUCAUUCAUUCGGGUGUUACGUCAAGUAAAAUGGACCCCUUUUUGUCUAAAGGCUGUAUACAAGUCAUUUACCAUUACAUAUUGCACAGAAGGAUAACUUAGGUCCUAUAAGUAUCAAUCUCCCAAUAAAGACAUCGAGAGUAUUGAUGAUAUGAAAAACAAUAUAAUUAUCAAAUUUGGCAAAGCACCCUGUAUAGAAAUUAAUCAGAGUCUCUUUCGUUACGCAUUAUAGAGCUCUUGUUUAAAUGCCUCUGAUUUACUAUGAUCUGAUAGUGAUAGCAAAGCUGGGUUUCUUAAAAUUACGUUGAAAAGAAAUCAAGGUAUUCCGAAUUAUGGCGACUAUUCUGCAAUAUCCACCGCUCCUCUACUAAGUAUUAUUAGGUAUUUGCACGAAUUGAAUUGUAAUCAUUUACUUUUUUUUAAUUUUAGAGGUUAAAGCUGGCCUACUCGUAUACAUCAGUCAUGACGAAGUGAAUAUGUAAAUCAAUAUUAAUAAAUGUAUGAAUAUUUUGAAUAUUUUUUGUAAGACUGCCAUUAAGUAAUGCGCCAAAAUUGUUUUCUUUAUAUAAGUAAUCGACAUAAUAGAUAUGUCUUCUAACCCAAUGUAUUAAAUUUUUGACUCGACUUUCACAGCUUUUUAAAUUAAAUUUUCCACAGUAAUUUUUUUAAUUUAAUAACAAAUGAAAACGAAAUUAACAAAUACAAUGAACCAACAAAUCCAUCAACUUUAAAAUAGUACGCAACCGAAAUAAUAUAAAUAAUAUAUAAUUAGCGCCGAGAAAAUAUGUUUGGCCCUUUUGUUUCUAUACUUCUUUAACUCUGUAAUUACGAUAAAGUUUUCCGCGCAGAAUGGGCGUUUGACAACAGAUACUUAGAAAUCAGUAGGGUGCGUUGGAUUUUUUUUGUGGUAGGUGAGAUCAAAUUCUCAUUUGGUUGAUUCCUAAAAUUUUGUGAGGUAAAUAAAUUAAUGUAUGCCAAAUAUUUAUUCUGAGAAAUAACGAUAUUUCGGUAAGUGGAAUAGUAGUAUUUAAAUGGUGUAGUAGUGUAGUAGGUGUUAGUAGUUUCUUCCCUGUGGUUAGAUCCAACAAUUCGCUUCCAGGAUGCUAAAAAUUCACCCUUCGGGUCCUUUUAAUGUUUGGUACCCUAGUGAAGCUUUUGAGCGGAUACUAGGAUCGAGAUAUUUCAUUCGAAGUAUAUUCCAUUGUCCUUCCUAAUGAGAAGACGACUGUGUUAG